UUUCGCACAAAGCGAGUCCCACCACACUACGGCAGUACUCCCACUUCCUUCAGCCAACAUUCUCUCCUCCCAAAAUCUCACCCACACUCGCAUCGCCUCCCUCUGAUUUCCUCUUCCUUUUCUCUGUAGAAUUCCCCAACAAUGGCUCUCUCUGGAUACCCAAAGUUGCAGAACGGAGAGAUAGUAGUAGAAGAAGAGGAGGCCACAACCAGAAAGUUCAAGCGUUUCGACAUAGUCUCCGGCGCUUCAGACCACCACUACCACACCACAUACCUACCCAAGAACAAGAACAACAACAACAACAAUGCUUCGGAUUGUUUCAAAUCUGCAUCGAUUAAGGUUCACAAGAGGAUCAUGAGAGAAUGGAAAAUUCUUGAAAAAGACCUCCCAGAAUCAAUCUACGUGCGGGCCUAUGAGCAGCGUAUCGACCUCCUCCGAGCCGUGAUCGUCGGGUCCGCCGGCACACCGUAUCACGAUGGUCUCUUCUUCUUCGACAUCGCCUUCCCUUCCGACUACCCAAAUCGACCGCCGAUGGUCCAUUAUCGUUCAUUCGGGUUGCGUUUGAAUCCGAAUUUGUACUCGAAUGGGCGUGUCUGUCUCAGCCUUUUGAACACUUGGACCGGAAGGAGGAACGAGAAAUGGGACCCAAAUCAGUCGACGGUGCUACAAGUCCUGGUCUCGAUUCAAGGGCUUGUGUUGAACCAAAAGCCUUACUUUAACGAACCGGGUGUGGAUAUACUUCCAGGUAGGAUCAAGAAAUCAUUGGCCUAUAGCGAGAAUGUUUACGUGUUGUCUUGCAAGACAAUGCUUUACCUGCUUAAAACGCCUCCUAAAAACUUUGAAAACUUCGUUUCCAUGCAUUUCCGUGAGCGUGCAAGCGAUAUACUAAAUGCUUGUAAUGCGUAUAUGAAUGGAAUUGUGAGAGUGGGUUAUUGUAAAGAAAAUGGGUCUGUAAUUUCUUCCGGUUCGAUAGAUGUUUCAAGCAAAUUUAAAGUGGCGAUGGAGCCAUUGUUUACGGAACUUGUUGAGGCUUUUACAAGGAAUGGGGCUUCGUUGGGGAAUUUCGUCGAGCAGGUGAGGAAGAAGAAUGAAAUGGUGGCGUUUAAGGAGGUGAAAAAGAAGAACAAGAAGAUGACUACGGCUUCGUUUUUGCUAAAGAUUUUACAGAAUAUUAAGAAGAUUUUGGGAUUGAGGAAAGUUGGAAAAGGCAAAGCGAAGAAGAUCAAAUUGAAGUCUUAUUAAUGAAGGUUCAUGGGCUGAACGAAGACCAUCGAAGAGGGGGACCCACUAAGGAUUUCAUUACCAUUUAGCAAAGAUAGAAAUUCAUCUAACAUGACUACAUUAUACAAUCGAUGCCAAGAAAUCUUUUUUGCUGCAGUAUAUGACACUAACCUUUGUCCAAAGUUGAACAUUAUAUUAUGAUAGGAGUUUUAUUCUCUCUUGCCCUUCUUCUAUCCUGUUACUCUCUCUCUCUGAAUAGGGGUGAUGUUAAUAUCAUUAUCAUGGAUUCAUGGUGUAUAUAUUCCCCCAAGUCCUUGAACACUUGCUUAAUCUUUCUGGCGUACUUAGUGUUGCAUGCACCUUGUAACGGAUAAAUCAAUGAAGACUCACAAGGAUUAUUAGGGUCGUUAUUACACAAUAAAGAU